CUCUUUCUGUCUGUGUUCCGCUCCAGUACUAGAUUUUGGCUCAAUAAAUUCUCCUAAUUGGGGUUUGAUUAGUUCACCAGCGAGCUGCAGAUUCAAGCCACCAACUCGGGCUUCCCUUCUCUUCUGGUCGUCGGAGUCGAUAUGAAGCGGCGGCGGCGGCGGCAGGGGAAUCUUCCGUAGGCCGAACUCUGCCGCCGGCCGGCCCGCUCAUCUGGGUACGUUAGCUUAUGCUUCGGAUUUCAUUUCUCCUCGUCCUCCUUCUUCUCUGCCCUGCCCUGCAGAUCGACAGCUACUGCAAUUUUAUCCUCAUUUCCAGCUAGUGGUCAUUCGAGUUAUUGGCGCCAACGAACUCCUCAGAAACUGAAGUGUCAGAGGUGUACAAUCAAAACCCAGAAGAUGUCUUAAGUGACCGAUCAUCCAACAUCUCAACCAUCCAUUGCACUUCAUUUAUAACGAAUAAAAUGAAGACAAGUCGUUCAUGGUGGACGGGGACGAGGGAUUACCUAAUAAUGCCGCCGGCCACCUCCAGGCAAAGAGCACACGGGAAGCGGACACCAAAGUGGAUCCUGCUCUUCGUCUCCCUCGCCGCCGUCUUCCUCAUUAGCGCCUACUACCUCUACCAGCCGAGAAGCACGGUCUCCGCCGCUCCUUGCUCUGUUUUCGCUCCGGGCGGGUGCACCACCACGUACGACGGAGACAGAGUCGUUCCGGCCAAAGUGUUCACCGACGAGGAGACGUCGUCUCACGUCGUGAUCCGCGAGAUCCUCAGCACGCCGCCGCCGCUCUCCAAGUCGCCCAAGAUUGCCUUCAUGUUCCUGACUCCUUCCUCCCUCCCGUUUGAGAUGCUAUGGGAGAGAUUCUUUCAGGGUCAUGAAGACAAAUUCACCGUUUACAUACAUUCUUCCAGAGAUAAGCCAAUUCAUAGCAGCCGUUACUUCGUCGGCCGAGAGAUUCGCAGUGAAAAGGUAGAGUGGGGGAAGAUCUCCAUGGUUGAUGCAGAGAGGAGACUACUAGCCAAUGCACUUUUGGAUCCAGAUAACCAUCAGUUUGUCUUGCUCUCUGAUAGCUGCGUACCACUCCGUACCUUCAACUAUGUGUAUCACUACCUGAUGUUCACUAACGUCAGCUACAUCGACAGUUAUGUGGAUCCGGGUCCGCAUGGCAACGGCAGAUACUCGGACCGCAUGAUGCCGGAAGUUCGAUACUCUGAUUUCCGAAAGGGUGCCCAGUGGUUCUCGAUGAAGCGACAGCAUGCUAUCAUAGUCAUGGCAGAUAGCCUGUACUACAGAAAGUUCAGGCUCUACUGCAGACCGAAUAUGGAUGGGAAGAAUUGCUACUCUGAUGAACAUUACCUGCAAACAUUUUUCACUAUGAUUGAUCCUGAUGGGAUCGCAAAGCGAUCGGUUACACAUGUUGACUGGUCCGAGGGGAAGUGGCAUCCAAGAUCUUACAGAGCUUCUGAUAUCACUUAUGAGCUCCUCAAGAACCUUACUACUAUCGACGAGGCCAUACAUGUCACAAGUGAAGGAAAGGUACGUGCAUUUCGUGUUUUUUUUUCCUACUUUUGAGUUUUGGUCAUUGGUGUUGAUGAUUGACGUUUUGGCAACUAUGAACAGAAAGUGACGACAUGGAGACCUUGCUUCUGGAAUGGAGUGAAGCGGCCUUGUUAUUUGUUUGCCAGAAAGUUUUACCCGAACACUCUCGACAAAUUGUUGUACCAUUUUUCGAAUUAUACAACAAAUUAGACUCACACAUGUCUUUCCAUCACUCUUAAUUGGCUUGAAAGUAGUAUGUUAUUAUUCUUUUAUAGUGAUCCCCAACCCUUUUUCAAGAGUUUGAAUAGCUUCUCCAUAAUGUACAAGCAAUUAGAGUUUACCGAAAAGUUUAAGGUGACGUGAUACAAAUGCACACCAGAAGCGAAACGAAUAAUGGAGUUAGGCCCGGGAGAAAUAGAUUUAGUUAGUUGAUUAAUUAGCAAAGUAAAUAUACAAUUUCAAGUCAUAUUGGCUUUUUGGACAAUGGUGUGAUUAAGAAACACUAGUUUGAUC